AUGUCGCACAUCCUCGCAACUGGCGCUGCAGGCGGCACAUUCAACCGGCUUGAAAUCAACGAUCUGAUCAAGAACAAGGACCAGUUCUCGUUAUACGUCCAGGCCAUCGCAAGCAUGCACGGCCAGGACCAGUCGAAGCCGAGCUCGCAUUUCCAGCUUUGCGGUAUUCAUGGUCUGCCAUACGUAUCUUGGGAUGCAUCAGGCGGCGACGAAAGGGGCAACAAGGCGCGCGGCUACUGUACACACGCCAUGGUCACGUUUCCCACUUGGCAUCGAGCGUAUGUCGCUCUCUACGAGAAAAUCCUUCAGGAGAACGCCAUCGAUAUAGCCAAGACGUAUACUGAAGCUAACGGGAUACGCGACCGGUUCAUGAAGGCCGCUCAGGAGCUGCGCGCGCCGUUCUGGGAUUGGGCGAGCUCGGCGGUCCCUCCCGCGGAAGUCAUCGAGCGCGAGGAACUCAACAUCAUUGGGUCCGACGGGAACGAAAUGCCGGUCAAGAACCCGUUACUCGCAUAUACCUUCCAUCCUAUCGACGGCAGCUUCCCUAGCCCAUAUUCAGAGUGGCAAACGACACUGAGGCACCCAGUGCCAGUGAAAGGGCCGGACGCAAAGAGUUCUGUGCCGCGGCUUAAAGCAGCUCUUGAAGAAGAGUACGAGCAGCGCAAACUACAGACAUUCCUGAUGCUGGCCCUUCUUAGCAAGUGGGAGGAAUUCAGCAACACCUCAGUCAGCAAAGGAGCCUGUGUGAGCAGUCUUGAACAGAUUCACAAUGAUAUUCACGACUCUAUUGGUGGCAACGGUCACAUGGCGGACCCAGCUGUAGCCGGUUUCGAUCCGAUUUUCUUCUUGCAUCAUGCGAAUGUCGACCGUCUACUCUCCUUCUGGCGCGCUCUUCAUCCUAAUGAGUGGGUCACGCCUGGUUCCGCCGGUCUAGGUAAUUGGACGAUUCCCGCGAACGAAACAAUCGGCGAGCACACGAAUCUGGCGCCUUUUCGGUCCGACCAGGACAACUUUUGGAUCUCCUCGAAGAUGACCUCGACUUCUUUGCUCGGCUAUACGUACCCAGAGUUCAACGGGCUUAACAUGGACGACGCGAAAAAGGUCCGGUCCACCAUCGCUGGUAGCGUGUUGCGACUUUAUGGCGACUCCAUCUUUACUGCUAGCUCCAAGCAUCCGACAGAUGCCCGCUUGUAUGGUUUGCAAGCCAGCUUCACUGCUCAAGAGAACGCACCUGUACCGAAAGGGGGGAUCAUCGACUGGACCGCACAUGUUCGCGUGAAGAAAUUUGAGCUUGGUGGAUCUUUUGCCAUCUUAUUCUCCCUCGGGAAACGGGAGGAUAUCCCUGAAGACCUGGACGCUUUGCGCGCUUCUCCUUCGUUUGUCGGCGGACACCAUGUCUUCGCUAACGCGUCAGCGGAGCAAUGCGCCAACUGUCGCGAACAGAGCGAGCUCGUCGUGGAAGGAUACGUACAUCUGAACCUCGCGAUUGCACGGCUUGCCUCAUCCUUGGGCUCCUUUGACCCACAAGUCAUCGUGCCCUAUUUGAAGGAUAAUCUACAGUGGCGGAUUCAGAAGGACCGGGGACCAGCAAUUUCAAUUGACCGACUUCCAUCGCUCAAAAUCACGGUUGCCGCCACACCGCUCGAUCUCAACCCGGCUACGAGCGUGGAACCCUCUCGCCCUUCUAUGCCGGCAGCGCCCUCCAUAAACUUGUUCAAUGCGCUGAGCCCUAGUCUCGCGGCCAGCGUUGGUGCCGGGGCCAGCGUCAGCGGCAUGGCCAGCUUCGAUCUCAUGUCCACUGGCAUCGGUGUCGCGCCAAGCGUCAGUCUUCCGACGGCCGGCGAGACGCAAUAUUACUCUGAGAUCACCGUUGGCCGUCCAGGUGGCUCUAGCGAGGCGUAG